CAAUUAUCCAAACUUCUUGGGUCCAGAACAUGUAUAUAACUCUCCCUUUCUUCCUCUUCUUCUUCUAAUCCCAAUCACUCGCAGACUCAUCCUCUUCCUCCCCGUAAUCGGCAAAGCUGCUUAUUUUCUUUCGCCUCAUCUUUCAAUACAUUCAGGAGCCACGUUUCGAAGCUACUUUUCAGGGCUCCUUCUUCAAACCGUGAGGAGACGGCCGUUUUUCUUCUUUUUUCCCAUCCCCUUUAUGCGUGAUUGUGGUUGAGGAGGAAAAAUUGAAGGAAGCUAUUAAAGAAAUCAGUCGGUUGGAUUCUCGUGCACCCAUUUUUGUACCUUUUUUUGCCUCACGGGUGUGGAAGGUAAUCAAUCGCGUAUAAAGCUCGCAAGUGAUAACAACAAUGAGUAGAAAUCUCGAGAAGAUGGCGUCGAUUGACGCACAGCUGAGGCUACUCGCACCUGCAAAGGUCUCCGAGGACGACAAGCUCGUUGAGUACGAUGCGCUCUUGCUCGAUCGGUUUCUCGAUAUUCUGCAGGAUUUGCACGGAGAAGACAUCCGUGAGACGGUUCAAGAGUGUUAUGAGCUGUCAGCAGAGUAUGAAGGGAAGCAUAAUACUCAGAAGUUGGAAGAGCUUGGGAGAGUGCUUACUAGUUUGGAUGCUGGGGAUUCAAUAGUAGUUACUAAAGCUUUUUCCAACAUGCUUAACUUGGCCAACCUUGCCGAGGAAGUUCAGAUAGCUUACAGGCGUAGGAUUAAGUUAAAGAAACAUGACCUGUCUGACGAGGCAUCAGCAGCUACUGAAUCAGACAUUGAAGAAACACUCAGGCGGCUUGUCGGGCAACUUAACAAAUCCCCUCAAGAAGUUUUUGAUGCUUUGAAGAACCAGACGAUUGAUCUUGUCUUAACAGCACACCCUACUCAGUCUGUUCGCAGAUCAUUGCUUCAAAAGCAUGGAAGGAUCCGGAAUUGUUUGACACAACUGUAUGCAAAAGAUAUCACUCCAGAUGAUAAACAUGAGCUUGAUGAGGCUCUGCAGAGAGAGAUACAAGCAGCAUUUCGGACAGAUGAAAUAAGGAGGACUCCUCCAACCCCACAAGAUGAGAUGAGGGCAGGAAUGAGUUACUUUCAUGAAACAAUAUGGAAAGGAGUUCCAAAGUUCUUACGCCGAGUUGACACAGCGUUGAAGAAUAUUGGAAUAAAUGAGCGCGUUCCUUACAAUGCUCCUCUUAUUCAGUUCUCAUCUUGGAUGGGAGGGGAUCGAGAUGGAAACCCUAGAGUGACUCCUGAAGUUACAAGGGAUGUAUGCUUGUUGGCUAGAAUGAUGGCUGCUAAUUUGUACUUCUCUCAGAUUGAGGAUCUUAUGUUUGAGCUUUCCAUGUGGCGCUGCAGUGAAGAGUUGCGGGCUCGUGCAGAUGAACUGCAUCGGACUUCAAAAAGAGAUGUUAAACAUUAUAUUGAAUUCUGGAAGCAAAUUCCACCAAAUGAGCCUUAUAGAGUCAUUCUUGCUGAUGUUAGAGACAAGCUGUAUGGUACUCGAGAGCGUGCUCGCCAGUUGCUGGCAAAUGGGAUCUCUGAUAUUCCUGAAGAGACUGCAUUCAUUAAUGUUGAACAGUUUUUGGAGCCUCUUGAGUUGUGCUAUAGAUCACUAUGCGCUUGUGGUGACCGUGCAAUAGCUGAUGGAAGCCUUCUUGAUUUCCUGAGGCAAGUUUCCACCUUUGGUCUCUCACUUGUGAGACUUGAUAUCCGUCAAGAAUCAGACAGGCACACGGAUGUCCUUGAUGCCAUCACAACGCAUCUAGGGAUAGGAUCCUACAAGGAAUGGGCUGAAGAGCGCAGACAGGAAUGGCUGUUAUCUGAACUCAGCGGGAAACGCCCUCUUUUUGGCCCCGACCUCCCUAAAACUGAAGAAAUUGCUGACGUGCUGGACACUUUCCAUGUGCUUUCCGAGCUCCCGUCCGACAAUUUUGGUGCGUACAUCAUCUCAAUGGCCACGGCCCCAUCCGACGUGCUUGCCGUAGAACUCUUGCAAAGAGAGUGCCACGUCACGGAGCCCUUAAGGGUGGUCCCACUCUUUGAGAAACUUGGUGACCUGGAGGCAGCCCCCGCAGCCGUGGCCCGCUUGUUCUCAAUCGACUGGUACAUGAAUCGGAUCAAGGGGAAGCAAGAGGUCAUGAUCGGGUAUUCAGAUUCUGGUAAGGAUGCAGGCCGGCUCUCUGCGGCUUGGCAACUGUACAAGACUCAAGAGGAGCUAGUGAAGGUAGCAAAAGAGUAUGGGGUUAAGUUGACAAUGUUUCAUGGAAGGGGAGGAACUGUUGGAAGGGGAGGUGGUCCCACCCAUCUUGCUAUCUUAUCACAGCCGCCAGAUACCAUACAUGGCUCACUGCGUGUGACAGUUCAAGGUGAAGUCAUUGAGCAGUCUUUUGGGGAAGAACACUUGUGUUUCAGAACACUGCAGAGGUUCACUGCGGCCACACUUGAGCACGGGAUGCAUCCGCCAGUUUCACCAAAACCGGAAUGGCGUGCACUUCUGGAUCAGAUGUCAGUUAUUGCCACUAAAGAGUAUCGAUCUGUGGUCUUCCAGGAUCCACGCUUUGUUGAAUACUUCCGCCUCGCAACACCAGAGUUGGAAUACGGGCGUAUGAAUAUCGGGAGUCGGCCUGCAAAAAGGAAACCAAGUGGUGGAAUCGAAUCACUACGAGCAAUCCCUUGGAUCUUUGCUUGGACUCAGACAAGGUUUCAUCUGCCAGUUUGGCUUGGCUUUGGGGAUGCUUUUAAGCAUGUUAUUGAGAAGGAUAUCAGGAACCUCCAAAUGCUCAGAGACAUGUACAGGGAAUGGCCCUUCUUUAGAGUCACACUUGACUUGGUUGAAAUGGUCUUUGCAAAAGGUGACCCGGAUAUUGCUGCUAUGUACGACAAGCUUUUAGUGUCUGCUGAUUUGUGGCCACUUGGAGACCAGCUAAGGGCCAAGUACGAACUGACCAAAAGCUUUCUCCUUCAGGUUGCUGGGCACAAGGAUCUUCUUGAAGGGGACCCCUACUUGAGGCAGCGACUCAAGCUCCGUGAUUCCUAUAUCACCACACUCAAUGCGUGUCAAGCAUACACACUGAAGCGGGUCCGUGACCCGAGCUACAAUGUGAAGGUGAGGCCCCAUCUGUCCAAGGAGAUAACAGAGUCGAGCAAAUCGGCUGCUGAGUUGGUGAAGCUCAAUCCUACAAGUGAAUAUGCUCCUGGGCUGGAAGACACUCUCAUCUUGACCAUGAAAGGCAUUGCUGCUGGAAUGCAAAACACCGGCUAGGCUUAUUGCUGAGUUCGAUUCUCUGAUGUUUUUUUGUACAAUGCUUUUUAUAUAUCGGAGUAUUUAAUAAAACUGUGAGGGAACCAUCAGGAGAAGACUUAUUUAUACAUGUACUGCGUAUUAUAUUUAACAAUGAUCGCUUGUCUGCUGCCAGAAAAUCAGUCUUUUAUAUACAAGUGUCAUCUAGGACAACUAUCUGAAUUCAUGAACGUCUGGUUUAUGAAAAUGGACGAUUAUGGAAUUUUAUCUCAUUAUUAUAACCAUUGUACUAAAACCGUUAUAUUUGCUUGAUUUGUAUACGGCUUAGGAUAGUGGAAAUGUGUUACCGAUGUUUAUUAGAGAAAAAUAUGGACCAUAAAA